AAAGGGCAAAUUACAAAACUGUGCGAAAAGUUGAGGUACAUAGGCCGUAGCCAAUCAUUACAUAUGCUGUCUUUGUAGAAUUUUUAAUAAAUGGAAAAUUUCAAAAUGAGAUCCUGCCGAAUAUUUCCGCACAAAGUUACUAAAGCGAAUGUGCAUGUAGAGCUUUCAUUUUGGUGACACCUGUCAUUUCCGUGUAAACAUGCACAUGGUGGAGUAUUCUCAGUCAACACAUGUAGUCAUUUUCUCGUCGAUUGCCAAGAGUUUGAUUGCACCCACGCCUUCUACCAGGUUCCCAACGCUCUCCAUCGGCUUUGAGAGAAUUGAUGCACCCAUUGCGAGAAUUAGCCCCUUGCUAAUUACGCAUCAAGAAAACUGUGCAUUGAAGCCAUGUGCGUUGUUGACUUUCUACAAGUAAAGGCGACAUUUCUAAGCGUAUUCCAAUCGCAUCGAUUUCCAUAAAUUGAGAACAAUUUACUGCUUAAAUCAUAUUUUCCUGAGAUAUUAAAUUUGUACAUCACUUCUUCAGUCUUAGGCUUCAUGCAAAGUAUGAUGUACAGCUAACGCUAUAAGCUAGAAUGAACUAGGUGACAGAAAACUUUUCAAUUUUUAUGCGCGAAUCUUACUUCACCCGUACGACACUUAGUGAUACUCUUUAGAAUCCCACUU